CAUGACUUCGCACUCGCAGUCACAAACACACCUUUAUACUCUUCCGCCGUAUCCCAAGUUCUCUCCGACAACCAAAAGUGCGGAAGAAGCAAAAAUGGAACAACAACAAACGUUACGACAUGAUACCGUCGCCCCCGAAGACGAUGACGCGCCGACGCUGAGCUCGCACGCCCUCGAAGCUCUCAAAGAGUUCCUCGCAGAGCAGAACCGUUCCGGUGCGACGCGAGAAGAAGAAGAAGGAACCGGGGAGCCCGCGGUGGAGCUAGUGUCAGAAGAUUGGCGGCUUAGCCAGUUCUGGUACGACCAAACCACCGCAGAGACUGUUGCCAGAGAAGUCAUUACCCUGUGCCGUGACGACUCGGCCGCCGGCUGUACCGUUGAUUCUCGUCGGGUAGCUUGCAUUGCUUGCCCCACUCUUUACGCCUAUAUAAAGAAAAUUGAUCCGAGUUUGAGUGUUCAAUUGCUGGAAUACGACGAGCGGUUUGAGAGGUAUGGAAGUGAUUUCACGUUUUACGAUUAUAACCAACCGGAAGAGUUGCCGGCGGAGCUUAAGCAUGGUUUCCAGGUUGUAGUUGCUGAUCCUCCUUACUUGAGUAAGGAGUGUUUAGAGAAGGUUGCUGAGACGGUUUCUUUUCUUGCGAGACCCGGUCCCAGCAACUCGAACUUGCUUCUGCUUACAGGGGAAGUGCAGAAGGAAAGAGCUGCUGAGCUAUUGGGACUACACCCAUGUGGGUUUCGGCCUCAGCAUUCCAGCAAAUUGGGGAACGAGUUUAGAUUGUUCACCAACUAUAACCCAGGGGCGAGAUUAGGAGGGUGGGAAGUCGAGAGAUAGAUGAAUCCCUUUUUCCUUCUUCUGAUUGCUUACAACUGCUCGGAUGAGUAAGGUAACCAGAGCGUGGAGCGGGAGCGUGGAGCGGGAGCGGGAGCGUCAGAGCGUCAAUUUCUCAAGAAUUCAAUAUCGAUUAUCGAGAGCGCGAAUAAAGCGUCAUUAUUAUUUAUUUUAUUUAAAAGUUAAAUUACCUUUUAGCCCAUAGACCUUGCAUUUUGAUUCAAACAAGCUCCGUAUAAAUCUGGCAC